AUGCUUUAUGCUGCUCUAGGCUACGAUGAUCUUGCCAUUAUUCUUCUAGAACCCGGAGACAAGGAGGAUAUUCUUCCUCACGAGAAGAUUCUGUCAGACGAAAAUGUGCCAUCAGCAACGCGGAACCUGGACAAAUCGCUCCAACUGGCAUUUCGCGGAAAGAGAAACUUCCACAACACUGUUGUUCUGGAUGCAAGAUCUCUUCGCUGUCAGAGGAUUAGAAACAGGGAGAAGAGUGAUGAACGAGCUCGUAAUGACAAUCUCGCCUACAAAGCGCUCGAAGAGUCGCUCGCUCUCUUGCAGCCCAAAGUUGUCGUUGUUUGUCACUGCGAUCAAGAGGCCAUAAAUUAUAGCUAG